AUGGCGGCGGCGGCGGCGUGGCCGGAGCUGGAGGCGGCGGCGCGGGAGCGGCGGCGGGAGCUGUCCCUGCCCGGCGCGGCGGUGGCGGAGCGGGUGGCGGCGGGCGGGGGGCGGCUGCCGGCGGCGCUGCUGGCGCUGCCGCUGCUGCAGUCGCUGGAGCUGAGCGGCUGCGCGGCGCUGCGGGAGCUGGGCCCGGGGCUGGCCGCGGCCCUGCCCGCCCUGCACACGCUGGUGCUGCGCGGCAACGCGCUGGGCCCCGCCGGGCUGGGCGCGGGGCUGGGCGGGGCGCUGCCGGCCCUGCGCGUCCUCGACCUCUCCGGUAACGGCCUGGAGGCGCUGCCCGCGGCGCUGGGCGGGGCGGCGGCGGACGCGGAGCCCCCCGGGGCAGCCCCGGCCUUCCCGCAGCUGCGCAGCCUCAACCUGAGCGGGAACCGGCUGCGGGAGCUGGGCCCGGGGCUGGCCCGCGCCGCGCCGCAGCUGCAGGCGCUGCUGCUCUCCGGGAACCGGCUGCGGGCGCUGCCCGGAGGGCUCCUGCCCCCCGCCGCCCCGGGAGGGCCCUUCCCGCUGCUGAGCCGCCUGGAGGCUGCGGACAACGAGGUGGAGGAGCUGGGAGCUGACAUCGCCGCCCUGCCGGCACUGAAGAGUCUGGACGUGGCCAACAACCACCUGCGGGAGCUGCCCUCUGCCCUGGCCGACUGCCCCCGCCUCAAGGAAGCCAACUUCAGGGGGAACCAGCUGAAGGACAAGCGGCUGGAGAAGAUGGUCAAUGGCUGCCAGACAAAAGCCAUCCUGGACUACCUACGGGCUGGGGGCCGCGGGAAGGGAAAGGCUGAGAGCACCAGGGAGGAGGCCAGGAAGAAGAAGAGGGAGAAGCAGCAGAAGAAGGAUGGUGGGGACGGGGAGCAGGACGAGGUGGAAGAGGCGAGCAAGCUGCUGGUGAAGGUUCUUCACGUCUCUGAAAACCCCGCGCCCUUGGUGGUCAAAGUGAGCCCGGGUAUCAAGGAUGUUCGACCCUUCAUCGUGUGCUGCGUGCUGAGGGGAGUGAACUUAAAGCCAGGAAAUGCUCUGAAGAGGUUCCUGUCCGCACAGACCAAACUGCAUGAAGACAUCUGUGAAAAGCGGACAGUAGCCACUAUUGCCACCCAUGACCUGCAGCUGAUCAAAGCUCCUCUGGUGUAUGAUGUUCAGCCUCCUGACACGCUGAAGGUAACACCUCUGGGUCGAAAGGAGAUCAAGGCAAAGGAUCUUCUCCGCCAGCUGCAGUUAGAAGCUGAGGAGCAGAGGAAGCAGAAGAAGCGCCAGAAUGUGUCUGGAUUGCAUAGGUAUCUCCAGUUACUGGAUGGCAAAGACAACUACCCCUGUCUGGUGGAUGCUGAAGGCAUCGUGAUUUCUUUCCCACCCAUAACCAACAGCGAGAAGACAAAGAUCAGGAAGGACACUCGGGAUCUCUUUCUGGAGGUGACAAGUGAUACCAGCUUACAGAUAUGCAAAGAUGUCAUGGACACACUAAUUCUGAAAAUUGCAGAACUGAACAGAUCUACCUUGGAAAACAAGGAAGACUCAGGCUCGGAUAACGAAUCUGAUGCUCUUUGUGGACCAGCAGCUUUGAACCCCAGCCAGAACGCUCAGCCGAUGCUUGUGGAGCAGGUUCGAGUGGUGGACACAGAUGGAAACUUGAAAGUACUUUAUCCUUCAAAAACUGACCUAAGCACAGUGUCCUCUCUCCUCACUGUAAUACGUUAGCAGCUGUCAGAGCUCACAGAAUGAUUCCAUUUCCUUUCUUUUUUGCCAUAUGCCAACAGCGCAGCUUGUAUGCAGUGAGGUUGUUCGGGUUUGUAAGGACAAGAUGCAGUGCAUCCCGCCUGCUACUGUCACGACUGAUAGGCUGUGGCAAGCAGGGUUGUGUUCCUUCAGCCUUAAUAGAAAGCCAUCAGCGUUCUGAGUAGGGAGAACUGAAAGGCAGAGAAGAAGCUGGAAGUCAGAACAUGUUCACUUGUAGAGAAAACCAUUGUGUCUUAGCAUCUGUAAUGUGAAUGCAGUCAUGUUUUUCUGCUGGAUCCCUGCUUCUUCCUGGUGUGUUUCAGCUGGAUUAUUAUUUUGGCAGCUAAACUGAGAAAUCAGUCGGUGACAGCGUUGAAACAGCCACGUGCUGCGUGCCCGUACCGAGGAUGGGAUGCCAAACGGCUUUGCUGACAUCUCAUUCAGCGUGAUUUUCUAUCUGGAGUAAUUGUGACAAUGUAAUUGCUGUCAGGACUCGAGGAGUGAGUUUUAAAGGAUGGUUUCUGUGUUCAGACAUUAACACAGCUUCCAUUUCUAAGCCAAGUCAGUUGAAUUGAGUGCAGGGGUUUGUGUCUCAGUGCACUGCAGAGCCAUGGCCCAUCCUUGUGGAAGCACCAGUUGUAGUGACCCUGUUGCGUACCCAUUGAGUUACUGUUGAUGGAGCACCGAGUUCAUUCGUGCUCGUGAAGUUCAUUUCCACUCAGAGGACUGAUGCUGCUUAGUGUUGACGCUACUAAAGCUUUUUGUCUCCCCAGAGUACAAGCCCUCAUGCCCAGAGUGCUUUCUCUCACACUUCCAUGUGAAGAGUGUUGGCGCACUGGUGGUUGGAGUGGGUGGCAGCUACAUCCAGGCUACCACCUUAUGAGUGCAAACCUCUUCAUAAGCAAUGGUGACCUAGAGAUGGAGUUUUGUGCUGUUGAAAGUGAGGCUGCAGAGCUCUAACUGAACUUGGAGAUACUGUGUCAAAUCCAUCCAUGUGUUGGGACUCGCUUAUGAAUGGGAAAAUAAAACGGUUCUUACAGUCA